AUGCCACUCCUACACCCACUCUUUGCCCUGUCCAACCUGCCGGGAUGCGUCAUAAUAGACGUAAAAAUCAACAACAUCCCACUUCGCGCCCGAGUAACUCCACAAGGCACUCCAAAUAAAGUCUUCCCACUCUACAGCAUCGUAAUGGGCAUUCCCAACCCACACGUGACCGACACGUCUAUUGGCACGACAGUAAGAGAGGUACCUGGAGCUGACCCCAUUUUACUGGUACCGGAAUUCAUUCCACUCGAGUACCAUCGUAUGGGACGCUAUGAGGAUCUCCCAGAUUAUGGAAUUCCUAUGUUAUUCGGACCAACCGUAAUUGAAAUCGUUUGA